UUUGUUUGCCUAAUAGAGCGAGCACGAGCCGCUAAAGGAAACAAAAAAGAAAGGGGAGAAGAAUUUGGGAUCGCCGGAUCGGCGGGUAGAUCUUAAUCUUAUUCUCUCUCGCAUAGUCUCUCUCUCUCUCCGUGAAAUACUGGGAUUGUUUCCCGGGGCGAGGAGUAACUGAGGCCUCUGUGGUUUGGAAACAUCAGGCGAUUCAUAGAUGUUUACAACAUUAGCGAGCUAGAGAUUUUUCCCUUACUAGCAACAGUGUCUUCUGGUGCCAUGAUUGCUGCCUGAUGUCUCACACAUAUCUCAUGUUUUGAAGGUGUCAACUAAUAUGCAGUCACAUCUAGAAGAUACUUCCCUCAGACACAGAUCCCCAGAGUUUUCAGACAGGGGUAAAAAAAGGUCACUUCAUAUGAUUGAUGGCGAUCCAAUGUAUUCUGGCAAUCCUUCUAUUGAAGGUCAUUCAAAAGAACUGGUUCUUUAUGAUCCUGGUACAAGUGGUAUGAGUAAUGACACUCCUGCAGUUACUAAUCACAUUGAGAAUUAUACUCCUACCUUUAGGAACUUCUUGGCACCAAAUCCUUCCAAUCGUACCUAUUCAGCAAUUGGAACAUUCACUGUCCAAUGCGCUUCAUGUUUCAAAUGGAGGAUAAUUCCAACAAAAGAAAAAUAUGAACAGAUUCGUGAAAAAAUAUUGGAAGAGUAUUUUGUAUGCGAACAUGCUCGAGAAUGGCGCCCUAGUAUUCGAUGUGAAGAUCCUGAAGACAUAUCUCAGGAUGGCAGUAGAGUCUGGGCAAUUGAUAAACCAAACAUAGCUCAGCCCCCUUCAGGUUGGGAAAGAUUGCUUAGAAUCAGAGGCGAAGGGGGCACAAAAUUUGCAGAUGUGUAUUAUACUGCUCCAUCUGGAAAAAAGUUGCGGUCCAUGGUUGAAGUUCAAAGGUAUUUGCUUGAACAUCCAGAGUAUGCUAGACAAGGGGUAACUCUCUCUCAGUUUUCAUUUCAGGCCCCAAGGCCUCUCCAGGAGAACUAUGUCAGGAAACGCCCUAUACGUUUUAUGAACCCUUCUGAUGGCAGUGAUCUUCUGCUUCAAAGGCCCCUUGAAGUUGAAGAAGUUAUUCCUUUGUCUUGUGCUGCUCCAUCCCAUAAAGAGCAAUUAGUUGGUGCACAAGCUUCGCCAAAUAUUUUUCCUGAAAAAACAAUUCCUUCUCCUCCAAAUGAAUCAACAACAACUGCCAUGCCUCCAUCUGAACAAAUGAAGCUCAACAAUGAGCUCACUUCAAAUGCACCCUUUAAUCCCUUGUUCUGGCCUGCUGCUCAUACACAUAAAGAAUCAUUAGUAGGUGCACCAGCUUUGCCAAAUGCUGCUUCCGAAAAAUCUGUUUCUUACCCAAAUGAUAUGCGACCACUUGCUGAUCUGCCUCCAUCAGAACAGGUGAAGCUUACAAAUGAGCAUCCUGCACGUGCAUCUUCUUUUAAUCCCUUUUCUUGGGCUACACUUCCUGCAAAUAAAGAGCUAAAUUUAGGUGGUGCACCUGUUUCUUCUCUAAAUGAAUCAAUAUUGCCAACUUCCAUGUCUCCAGAAGAGAUGAAGCUUAAAGAUGGGCACCCUACAAAUCCAUCUUUUAAUCCCUUCUCUUGGGUUGAUCUGCCUACAUAUAAAGAGCAGGCAAUAGGUGGACCAGCUUCCAGAAGUACGACUCCUGAAGAACUAGUUUGUUCCCCUCCAAAUGAAUCAACUCUACCAGCUUCCAUGCCGCCACCAGAACAGAUGAAGCUUAAAGACAAGCGGCCAGCAGAUGCAUCUCCUUGUGAAUUGUGAUGCUUUACCCUGCUGUAUCUAUUUUGUUUAUUUGUACUGUUUGCUCAAUGAAAAUCGAAAAGAUCUGAGUACAGGCACAAGAAGAAUGACUUCUCUUGAACUAUGAUAGGGAUACAGAGUUCUUGUAGCAGAUCAGCAGGACCUUGUUGUAAUCAGGUCCUUAGUUUUACAAAA